AUGGAAUGGGUUAGUGAUUUUCCUGAUUCCAAGGCUGAUUUCUUUGAAGCUGGUAUCUCUGAUCAUUCUUCUAUUGUGGUUUCUAUUUAUGAAGAUCUACAUCAUGGUCUUCCUCCCUUUAAGUUCUUUAAUUUUAUGCCUGGGGAAGAUGACUUUUUGGAGCAGUUUAAGAGUGCUUGGUCUACUUCAGUUAGAGGUAACUCAAUGUUUAUUUUUGUUACUAAAGUCAAGAGAGUUAAAGCUGUUACAAUUCAUCGGAAGAAUGAGAGAUUUACAAAUGUAUUUACUCAAGUGGAAAGUGCUAUGCUGGAGUUGAGAGAUAUUCAGAAGCAUAUUCAAUACCAUCCUCUCUAUGUUGAAUCUUCCAUCAAGGAGAAAUUUGUUAUUCAACAGUUUGCUAAGGCCACAAGAUAUGAAGAAUCCAUUGCUAAGCAAAAAUUUAGAGUGAAAUGGAUGAGUCUUGGGGAUUCCAAUACUCAUUUAUUCAACAAUUCUUUGAGAAAACAGUACAAUAGAAAUAACAUUCUUAUUUUAAUGUUUAGAGAUAAUUUUGAUGAUAUUCUUAAGGAUGAAGAUAGAAAUAAUCUUGUUAGGCAUGUCAUUAGAGAUGAAAUUUUCGUGAGUCUAUCUUCCAUUGAUUCUACCAAGAGUCCAGGCCCUGAUGGUUUCUCUAGUUGGUUUUCCAAAUUCUGUUGGAGUAUUGUGGGAGAUGACUUCACUGCAGCUGUUCAAAAAAUUUUCAAGAGUGAUAAACUAUUAAGGAGUAAGAUCAUUUAUUUAAGAAUAAAGCAUGUGCUAGGAAUUUUAAUCAAUGCUAAUCAGUCAGCUUUUAAUUCUGGGAGACCCAUUCAAGAUAAUGUUUUGCUAGCUCGUGAUAUUUUGAGGAACUAUCAUAGACCUAAAGGAGCAUCUAGAUUCUCAAUUAUGAUUAAUGGUUUUUUGGGACUAAGCGUGGUCUUAGAAAAGGGUGUCCUUUAUCCCCUUACUUGUGAGCUGAAGUCUUCUUCUUCUCUUCAUACUGCUCUUAUGAGAUUCAAUGCUUGUACUGGGCUUGAGGAUUGUAUACCUCUUAUUGAUAAUGUUACUAACAAGGUCAAAUCUUGGAAGUUUAAAUCCCUCACUUAUGGUGGUAGGUUACUUCUUAUUAAGAUUGUUCUUAAUGGCAUGUGUCCUCAAGAUGCUUCUUGGAGUUGGAGAAAUAUUCUUGGUCAAAGGGAGGAGGUUGCUAAAUUGUUAAAAACGAAUAUUGGUAAUGGAGUUGCUACUUCUUUUCUCACUGGCAAUUGGAAACCUAAUGGUAGAUUGGUGGACUGGAUCUCAGGUGAUGUUAUUAACAAUGUGUUUCUUGAUAGAGAUCGUAGAUCCUAUGAAUAUAGUGAGAAUGAUGAGUAG